CACCCCCUCCCAGCGUCCUCAGCCUCACCCCCUUUCUGGCUGCUCCCGCCGGUCCAGGCUCCGAGCCCGGAAGUGGAUAUUGCGGCUCGGCUAAGAGGACGAGGGGGAGGGGGAAGUACUUCCGGGGAAACGGGCCCCGGGUUGGUGUUUGUAAACUUGCCUCGGUCCCGGCAGGGCAGCGACGGCCACGGGGUUGGCACGGUGCGCUGGGACCUGGAGGAGGCGCCGCGCGGCGGGGGAGACUGCGAGAGGCCGCGCCUGGCAGGUUUCUGAAACAGAUCGUGAACUUCAACGAGAGGAUUCAGUUGGAAAAUCAAGACUGGCAAGCUUUUUCUUCAGACCAUAGGCAGGAUCCAGGCAGAGUCCAGGGAUUCUUGGAACACCCAUCUUCCCCUUGGAGGACACUAAGCUCUGUCUGAAGACAAAGGCAAUUCAAUAUGGCAGCAGGACUGAAGGGACAUGAAGGAGUUGUUACAGUGAUUUGGUGACAAUUCUUCAAACAACAGUGUCUUAGGAAAGGUGGAUUGAGAAACUCCUGAACUUUUGGGUUGCAUAAGUGAGAAAUCAGCAUGGCUCAGGUAAAAAGCUAUAGAAUCCUCCUCCUUCAAGAUCACUGGGAAGCGUGUUUGCAGUUUCACUCUUGAAUGCUGUCCUAGUCAACAUAUUGACCAACCCAGUGAGCCAAGCUCUGUAUUAAGCACCAGGGGGAGAUCUAGAGGAAGGAAAGGAGACAGGCCACAGCCCCUGCCUUCAGGGAGCUUCCAGUCAAAUGAAGGAGGCAAGUCUCCUGGCUUGUGAAGGCCUAGCAGGUGUGAGUUUGGUUCCCACUGCAGCCAGCAAGAAGAUGAUGCUGAGCCAGAUUGCCAGCAAGCAGGCCGAGAAUGGAGAGCGGGCAGGUAGCCCUGAUGUGCUGAGGUGCUCGAGUCAGGGCCACCGAAAAGACAGCGAUAAGUCCCGUAGUCGCAAAGAUGAUGACAGCUUGGCUGAGGCCUCUCAUUCAAAGAAGACUGUUAAAAAGGUGGUGGUAGUGGAACAAAAUGGUUCUUUUCAAGUAAAGAUUCCCAAAAAUUUUAUUUGUGAACACUGCUUUGGAGCCUUUAGGAGCAGUUACCACCUCAAGAGGCACAUCCUAAUUCAUACUGGUGAGAAGCCAUUUGAGUGUGAUAUAUGUGAUAUGCGCUUCAUCCAGAAAUACCACCUGGAGCGUCACAAGCGUGUGCACAGUGGCGAAAAGCCCUACCAGUGUGAACGGUGUCAUCAGGUAAGCUCACAUGUCAUCCAUCCACCCCACACGUGGAUUUUGCCUUCACCAAGAACCAGGGCCAGUUCCCAUCCCCUGCCCGACAAGGGACCAUCUAGUAUUCCUGGCCAUGAGAGAGUUAGUACCUCAGUGGGAGGUGUAUCUCUCUGGCCUUACUGCUGAUUGUAGGGAGGGGCCAUAAGAAUAAUUGUAAUAACAAUAGCAGCAUUUUUUGAGGACUUAUUUUGUGCCAGGCACUGUGAGAGCAUAUUUGACAUAGAUUAUUUUAUUUAAUCUUCAUGUUAACUCCAUAAACUAGCUGUGUUCCUGUCAUGUCACAUGUGGGGAAAUUGAGAUUUAAAGAGAUUAAGUUUCCUAAGGAUACAGCAGAUCAAGGGUAGAGCUAAGAUUCAGUCAAACUUUGGAGCUGGUGCUCCUGGAAGGAGAAAUACAAUCUCUGCCCUCGGGGUCAUAUCUGAUCUGAUGAGAAUGUAAGAGCUUGGACCAAAACAAGACAAGAACAAAACAUGAGAAAUGAUAACAGCUAACAUUUCCUGGUUGCUUUGCUCCACCCUCUUAAACUGAAUCUCAAAAUACUAGAAUAAAAACUCCAUGAGGCAGAGAUUUGCCCCUCUGGUUCUCCACUCUAUCCUCAGCCCCAAGAACUGUACCUGCCUUGAGACAGACAUUCAAUAAAUAUUGGAUGAAUAAAGCAGCCAUUCUGUGAGUAGGUACUUUUAGUCCCAUUGCAGAUGAAUGUACCGAUUAAGUACUGUUAGAUACCAUGUCCAAGGUUGCACAGCUACUAAUUGGUAGAGCCAGGAUUCGGACUUCAGAGCUUGUGUUCUUAACCACUGUGUGCUCCUGCCUUCUGUGUACAUGCUGAGGGCAUAUGGAAUGGGACCUGUGCCUCCCGUGUGGGGAAGACAACUAGCCAACAGGUAGCUGAGUUUCUCCUCUCAAGCACUUAAUCCUUCCUUUCUUCUCAGUGUUUUUCUCGGACAGAUCGAUUACUCAGACACAAACGGAUGUGCCAAGGGUGCCAGUCCAAGACUUCCGACGGGCAGUUUUCUCUAUAGGCGC